AUGUACAUUUCGAUUUUUGUCACGCUUGUGGCCUGGACCACCAGCGUCCUUUGUCACUGGAACUACAACACCCUAAUCGUCAAUGGCGAGGUCGCCGGCGCGCCGUACCAAUACGUCCGACGGACCAACAACUCCAACACGCCGCUGCAGAUGGUCAACGCCACGACCAUGCGCUGCAACGCCGGCGCGGCGCUGGGCGGGCCCCUCGACACGGAGACCCUGGCGGUGCGCGCGGGCGACGAGCUCGGCUUCGGCGUCGAGUCCACCUUUGGCCACCCGGGCAUCCAGCAGGUGUACCUGUCGCGGGCGCCCGGCGGCACCGCGGCCGCCGACUAUGACGGCGCCGGCGACUGGGUCAAGAUUUAUGCCGCGACCACGCUGGCGAAUGCGAGCUGGAAUAGUGGCGGCGAGGGCCUCGUCUGGGCCAUGCGGCGCGCGCACUCGUUUCGCUUCCCGCUGAGUGACCAGACGCCGCCUGGGGAAUACCUGCUCCGAGCCGAGGGGUUGGCUCUGCAUGCAGCGCACAAGUUGGACUGUGCGCAGUUUUAUGUCGGCUGUGCCCAGAUCCGAGUCACGGGGAAUGGCACUGGGCGACUGGAGCCGACGGUCAAGAUUCCGGGCUUGUAUAAUAAUACUACGCCGGGCGUGUUAAUUCCUGACUUUUGGACAAAAAUUACGAAUUAUACAGAGCCCGGCCCGGCGCUUUGGCCAAAAGGCACCCAGACGCAGCAUGUCGUGAAGCAGUUGGGUGAUACGUCAAAGCACGUUUCGGGAUUCAGAAGACGCGUCUGA